GGUAAACAAUCAAGUGAUCAAAUCGAUAGAGCUGAUCAGUGAGCUGUUGGUCAAAGAACUUGACGGUUUAGGUUUUCGAGGAGCAUUAGAAGCGAAAGAUGUCGCCCAUCUGGCCCUUCUGCCUUAUCAUAGGCCUGUGUCUGCUAAGCCCUAUCGAUGGAGCCUCCAAGAGAGUGAAAAUGUGUCUACAGCCCUCAAUCAGUGGUCGUUGUUUCGGUUAUGUGGAGAGCUACGCCUACAAUCCCAUCAAGCGUCAUUGUGAGCCCUUCAUCUAUGGCGGAUGUGGUGGAAAUGAUAACCGUUUUGCCACCAAGGUCGAAUGUGAAUACAAUUGUCGUGAUAUCUAA